AUGGAGUGCUCAAUAGACGUCCAAGAUGUACGGGGUCCUCGGGUGCAUGGCUGCGGCACGGACUUUGACCUGACGCUGCUCUUCCAAGAGUCGAUUCUGGGCAUUGGGCCUCUAUGUGUUGCAUUACUCUGGGCUGGGUUACGGGUAUGGCAGCUGCGUGCUGAUGAAGUAGUUGUGGCUUCUCGUUUACUAUAUUGGACCAAAGUGAUUAUCUAUCUUUUAGCAGCAGUGCUACAGAUCACUCUUCUUGUUGUGCAGGGUAUACUCAAGACCUCGCUAACCCGUGCGACGAUUGCGGCGCACUGCCUCAGUCUUGUGGGCUUCCUGGUGUUCCUCCUUGUCUCUCAUUAUGAACAUACCCGGACGGUGCGACCGUCUACCCUCUUGCUCCUGUAUUUGCUCUACUCCACCGUCGCAGAUGCGCUGCGUGCAAGAACGCUAUGGAGCAUGGCCGAUGAUAACGCGGCCGCUUCCGCCGUCUUCACUGUCAUCUGCGUGUGUAAAUUUGUUCUUCUUGUCGCCGAGCGCGGGCGCAAGUCUGUUCGACCAGACAUCCGCAAGCCUUCGCCCGAUGAGGAAGCCGAUAUUUUCUCGCGAGCUUUCCUGUGGUGGAUGCUGCCCUUAUUCAUACGGGUGCGGUUGAAAUCAGCAUCACCAUUGACCACAGAGACUCUCCCAGGCGUUGAGUCCGACAUGCUCCGUCCAAUUUCCGUUGGCGAUGAAAGACCCACGGUCUUCCACCACCUGUGGGAUGCCCGCAAAUGGCUACUGCUGACUCCGAUUAUUCCGCGGCUUGCCUGUAUCGGCUUUACGUUCUCUCAACCAUUCCUGGUAUAUCGAGCGACGGUCUUCAUGUUUGAGCCGGAUGGUCCAAACAUAAAAAAGGUCGGCGGUGGCCUCAUCGGCGCCUACGCUGUUGUGUAUGUAGGGAUCGCAGCAUCGCAAGCCUUUUACCGUCAAUGCACUGCCCGCGCCAUCAGCGCCGUGCGAGCAGACCUAAUAGGUCAAAUCCAUCACCACACGCUAAAACUCAGCUCAUCGUCCACCUAUCGCGAUUCGGCAUCCAUGUUGAUGAGUGCGGACGUGGAGCGGUUUGCCGCUGGCUCCCGAGACAUGCACGAGUGUUGGGCGUGUAUCAUCGAGCUUGCCCUUGGCAUUUGGCUGCUUGAGGAUCGACUCGGCGUGACCAUCGCCGCAACAGGAGGGUUAACGGCAAUUUUUGUCGCGCUCACCAUGGCUGUUGUCCCACCAGCUGCCAAACGGCAGAACAAGUGGCUGAAGGCUAUGGAAAAUCGCAUCGCCGCCACGACCCAGGCUCUUGCCGCAAUCAAGGGCAUUAAGAUGACUGGAGUUGCGCCGACAAUCCGCAAGGACCUGCUGGGGUUGCGAGAUAUUGAGGACAUAAAACUGAGACACUUUCGAUAUGUCCUACUGGUCGUCGCAUGGGCGGCCUGGAUUCCCGUCAUCAUGGCUCCGAUCAUGGGCUUCACCAUCUACAGCCAGGCGUUCGGACAUACCCUUACGCCACCCGUCGUAUAUCGAUCGCUGACCAUAUUUACCCUCUUCGGCGACGCCAUUGCGGCUCUCAUCAACAGUGCCAUUCAGUUCGUCACGGCAAUUGCUUCGCUCCUGCGUAUCCAGGAGUUCCUGCUAGACGAUAAUACACGCCAUGAUAGCCGACAGCUGCUGAGCGACAUCGAGAAAGACACCGAGUCCGAUGAAACCUCGCUGCUCCCGUCAGCACCAGUUCCGACACAAACAGGGAGUGAAGUGCUUCUGCGACGGCUGAGCAGACGUCUUUCUCGCCGACAACGUCCCGUCACACUUCAAUUGACCCGGGCAUCUGCAGGCUGGAGCUCCGAAGCACCCUCGAUCGUCCAGAAUGCAACACUCGACGCAGCUGCGCCCAGUAUUCUGGCGGUGGUCGGUCCGAUCGGGAGCGGCAAGACCACUUUGUUGCAGAUGCUUCUUGGCGAGACGCAGCAUGCCGCGGGAUCAGUUGCGCUGUCGAGUUCGCACAUUGGAUACUGUGGCCAGACCCCGUGGCUCACCAACGACACGGUUAGGAACAACAUUAUUGGGUCGGACCUGUUUGACGAGAAGUGGUAUUCGUCUGUGGUACUCGCGACUGCCCUCGAUCGAGAUUUCAAGGAAAUGGCGCACGGCGAUGCCACGGUGGUGGCCAAUGAGGGGGGCAGUCUGAGUGGCGGGCAGAAGAAGAGAGUCGCUCUGGCGCGGGCGAUCUACAGUCGAGCGCCCAUUGUGGUAUUGGAUGAUCCGUUCAACGGGCUUGAUGGGAGGACAGAGGGAUUCGUGCUUGAGGCAGUCCUGGGACGGCGAGGCUUGCUGCGUCAAGGGAAGACCUUGGUGGUUUGGGCGACCAGUACUGCGCAGCAGGUACGGUUCGCCGACAGAGUUAUCUCCCUAGAUCAGAACGGUUGUGUUCGAAAGCGGGACUCCUUGCUUCUCGUCCCUCCAACAGACGACACCGGUGAAGAACACGAACAGACACGCAACUCGUUUAUCUUUGACGUGGUUCAGGAUGGCCCUGCCGGUGGAUUACCUCAAGGUCCAGCUGCCCCUCGAGCCAUCCAUGCGAGUGCGGGGGCACAUCGGUACUUUGUUAGAUUCUCUGGCAGACGGAAGUUCUUGGUGUUUCUGGUCCUCUGUGCCAUCUUUGUCUUUGGCGUUACGUUCAAUCAGUACUGGAUAUCCCGCUGGGCUGAGAGCAGCGUUACAGAUCCAUACAGUCCUCAGAAGAUGUAUAUCGGCGUAUACUUUGGCAUCGGGGCGCUUACACUGAUCUUCUGGACUGCGGCUGCUGCUUUCUUCGUCAUAACCAUCACCCAGCGCUCGGCCGACCGUUGUCAUGAAGCGAUCCUGGACACCGUCCUCGGCGCGCCCAUGUCCUUCCUCGACUCUACCGCUGCCGGCGAAACAAUCAACAGAUUCAGCCAAGACAUGCAGCUAAUCGACACCGAGCUACCCUACGACGUCCUCGGGACCGUUACACAAGCCAUGAUGGUCAUCGGCCUCUAUGGAAUCAUCAUCUACAGCUCGCCUUGGUCCGGCUGCGCUAUCCCCGCCGUCGCCGUGGCAGCGUACUUCCUGCAACUGUUCUACCUCCCGACCUCGCGACAGCUCCGAGUGCUGGAAAUCGAGGCCAAAGCCCCUCUAUUCUCGAACUUCAUUGAGACGCUCAACGGCCUUGCAACUAUCCGCGCUCUGCGCUGGACAGCACACUAUGCUCGCCGCAACCUCGAUGCCAUCCGCGUCGCGCAGCAGCCGUUUUAUCUGUUGUUCUCCGCGCAAAACUGGCUGAAUCUGAUUUUAGAUCUUAUCACAGCUGGAGUUGCGGUGGCAAUUAUGUGUGUUGGAGUAGCGACACGGUCGCCGAGUAAUGCGUCUCUAGGGCUGGCUCUGCUUAGUGCAUCAAAUGUGGGCGUCUCAGCGAAGCGCUUGAUCUCGCACUGGACGAAGCUCGAGACAAGCAUGGCGGCCGUCGAGCGAGUACGCUUCUUCACGGACUCGACACCAUCGGAAGAAAGGACAAGUGCAGCUGUGGUCGGCGCUCAGGAUUGGCAUGGCGCAGGCAGUGUCAGCUUUAGCAACGUGUCUGCCAAAUACACAAGAUCAGGACCUCUGGUUCUGCGGGAUGUCUCGAUCACUAUCCGGCCCGGCCAGCGUGUUGCUAUAUGUGGGAGAACCGGAAGCGGAAAGAGCACACUGCUAUCCGCCCUCCUCCGCCUUCUACCCCUGCACAGCGGGACAAUCCACGUCGAUGACACCGACAUCACUUCCCUUCCUCCCAACACCGUCCGCUCCCGAUUCAUUACCCUUCUUCAAGAACCACUCCUCAUCACGGGCACAGUCCGCCACAAUAUGUGUCUGUACGAGCCCAACGCCGGCGAUAUCGAAAUCAUAGCGGCGCUGCAAGCCUUUCCAGGACUGUGGGAGGCGAUCAAUGCGCAGGGCGGACUUGAUGUCGCGUUGACAGAAGGUCUCCUAUCGCACGGACAGAGACAGCUCUUUUGUUUCGCACGGUCGACAUUAUCGCUCUCGCGGCCAGGCGGGAAGAUUGUUAUCUUGGACGAGCCGAUCAGCCAGACGGGGAGUGACGCAGAGACAGAGAGGCUUAUGGACGAGACAAUCCGCGAGCGGUUCAAGGAUUGCACGGUGUUGUGUAUCGCGCACAAUCUCGGUACCAUAAUGAGUUUUGAUAGCGUUGUUGUUAUGGAUAGGGGCGCUGUUGCGGAGACGGGCAGUCCAACCGCGUUGCUGGAUGAUGAGAGCAUCGGCGAUAAGUGCUGCCCUGAAGUCGCGCGACCUAGAUUCCAUCUUCUAAUCGACCCUCAAAAGGUUCCAGAGGAGUACAACUUGUCUCAAGCCCGAACCAGGAACAAGGGUAAAACCGCUACAACAGAAGCAUGGAAUUGGAAGAUCAAGUUCAGCCUCCCUGGACCAAGGAAAAAUGCGAUGACUGCCGAGAGUCGACACCGUCGGUCUACUGUGGCAAGUGCGGAACUCCGGUCAUUGGUGGAGAUCUUACAUCCGAGCCCUGACAGCAGCAUUCAGGAGAAGAAGCUUGAAGGGGAGGCCGAAGCCCUCUGGUUCUCGGUGAGCCAAACGGAAAAGGGGGAAUUGGAAUUGGAAGAGACAGCCAGAUUCAGCAAUCUUAUGAAGCAGUACCUGGGGGAUAUAACGUCAACGUCUCCCCGGCCCACCUCUCUACUCUCCUCUUCUUGUCCCCGGCUUGCUUCCUUCAUAGGGAACACAGGGGCUGGAAAGAGCAGCCUGAUCCAUUUGCUCAUGAAGCAUCCAUGGGACGCCUCCACAAGUACCGUUCGAAGACAAAAGCUCCAGGAUAUCCCCCUUCCUGUAGUGGGACAGCCUGAGAGCACCAUCCCAACCUCGGGAGACGUUCAUCUCUACUACGAUGCCCUGACAAAUACCGACGAAUCGCAGCAAUCAAAGCCUCUUCUGUACGCUGACUGCGAAGGAUUCCACGGCGGCGAUCAGCAGCCAGCAGGACAUAGACCCCGGACGAACAUAGGCAAGAGCGAUGACGAUAGCCGAACGCAUGUACAUUUUGACAGAUGGUACACGUCCUUACGCCGCGGAAUCAGACGGAUUCUCAACCUCCCUAGCCGUCUUGAGGCUCAGCGAAAGACAGCGAUUGGAGAGCUUUUCCCUCGGAUUCUCUACAACUUCUCCGACGUGGUAGUUCACGUUGUGAUCAGUGCAGCCUCCAGAACACGAGAGGAAGACAUUGUCAAAUUACUCGAAUGGGCUCAAUCUUCAAGAGCUGCAGCCGUGAAUCGGGCCCUUCUACCUCACUUGAUUGUCGUGUUGAACAUGUCGGACCCGGAUUCGGAAUUGAACUGGGACGCCAAAAAAAUGACUGCAAAGAUAUUCAAAGAGCAUCAACCGGCUCUGGUUGAGAACAAAACCAUCAGGGAGCAUAAAGAGGCUCUCGAGCGCAUACAUGCUAGGAUCGAUACUUUGGAAGACCUGCUCAAGUACUCAUAUUCGUCCGUGCAGUUCAUCAAAUUGCCCAAUGGCAGCAACAGCGCCAGACUUUCCAAACAAUUGCAAGUUCUACAUCAAAUGAUCUAUGAUACGACAGAGGAAGCGCAUGACAUCAAGAGGAAGGCUAAAAUGCUACUGUGUUCGGACGAUCUCAACACUUUCUUCCGGCUAGGCUUCGACCACUACGCCACCAACCUCGACAAGCCCUUCAGCUUCCUCGAAACCAUAUUUUCUCUACACCCACUGCCAAACGAACUUGCAUCUAACUACUAUGGAAUCAUGAAGGCUGUGAAAAUAGCCGACCAGCAUAGUAAGACCAAAAGAUCAGCCAAAGAAUUCUGCGAUGCGGUCGUUCCAGCCAUCUGCAGCGCCAUCGCACUAGAUGUCUACAGAUCCCGCGAAGGAAUGCCAGGAACGCUUGCACAGAUUUACCGUGGCAAUCCUCUCUCUGAAGAUGACGAUUGGCAAGUAAUCCCUGGCACGUACCUCUCCCACCUUAGGGAGGCGAUAACACUGUUUGAGAACUGUGACUGUCCCUGCGACUUUGUGUCACCAUCUGGUGAGAAAUGUGUCAACGCUCUCUUGGGUCACCAAAGGGCUACGCACCAAAAUGCAGCGGGUCGCGAUAUCGGCUUCGGACCCUUUGAGUCACAAUUCGUCGAUGAUCUGCAAAACCCUAUGGAAGCUGGAAUUUUAGAGGCACUAGAUGAUGUGGAGAAGCAGCUGGAGAACCCUACUGCAAUCGUCCGUGAAGGCGGGGGCAGGGACGCGAAGUUGAAUGCUAUUUGGGCUGUGCACGAAGCCAACCUCCGGCAGCUCCAUUCUUUGGUCCCCGGUGUAGUGAUCUCGAACCCUUCCACAUGUUCCUGGUGUUUCCGGAAGCCACCCACCGCGAUCCUACCGUGUGGACAUGGGGUCUGUAGGGCCUGCAUGAUCGCUCUUUCCGUGCACGAGCACUCUACCUCAGGCGAAGAUCCACGGUUGAUCCGCAUCGACCAAUGCUUUUUCCACCCCAAGCCAGUGGAAUUCAUGCCCUUUCGAUUCCUUCUUCUCCCAGAAUGGAUAGGUAAGCGACUACUGACUCUGGAUAGCGACGGUACCAAGAGUAAGUUCCACCUUGACAUCCUCGCUGCUAUUGAGCAGAGACUUGGGGGCAGUAUCCCGGUUCAACGCUUCUUCGACAUGGUCGGUGGCUCAGGCGCCGGGGGUUUGCUUGCGCUCGGGCUUGGUAUAGGCUGCUGGACAACACAAGAAGCCUUCCCAAAGCUUAGGGAACUGAGCGAUGGCCUGCAAAGACCAGAGGUAACCAUUUGGGAUUGGUUUACUAGUAAAAAGCAAUCGGUGUUUUAUCAGACCAGGCCCUGGGAAGAUGCAAUAAAACGCGCAUUCGGCCACUACGCUAAUACGGCAAUACUCCAGACGAAGUGCUCACUUGGCAUCCCCAGCGUUUUUGUGACGGCAACAAAAGAGGACGGCAGGGGUGCAUUGAUCGCCAAUUACAUCAGGCCCAAUUCCGAUAGUAGCUCUCUCCCAGCCCUCCCCGGGACCACUAGCAAUCGCAAAUCGGAAACAAUGGCGAAGGACUCAGCGAAGGAUGCCACCUAUGAAUUCGUGCGCUGUGGAUUGCAGGGUGGAAAAUUCAAGGUAUGGGAAGCAGCAAGGGCGACCACUGCAAUCCCGGGCCUCUUUGAGCAUUUCAUGCAUGCGAACCGGCGGGUCUAUCUGGGCGGACCAGAGUUCAAAACGGAAACUGCUCGAGUGGUGUUGUACGAAGCCCAGAGCCUUUGGCCGGGUGUAGACUUCCCACAACGCCCCGACCUGCUCCUUUCUAUCGAUGGGGGCCCGUUUCAAGAGCCUGAACAGCCAGACCUGCUGAUGAGCGACUAUUAUAUCAAAUUGUCUUCCGAUCCUUCAAAGAGAUCUUCGAACCAGAAUCAGAUGGCCGCUUUCGAUUUUGCAGAUACCGAAAGACCCGGGAAAGCAUUGUCGGAGAGGUUGACUAUCGCGGUCGAUGAAUUGGCCUAUCGCCUACUGUCUACGUCUUUCUACUUCGACCCUACACACGUCCAAUAUGAGGACAAUCCCAAUCAAGUCACACUUCAAGGAUAUAUUAGGUGCCGGUUUGCUGACAGAUCAGUCGAAACCAAGGCUCUAGGCCAUUUGCUUCGCAGCUACCAGGGUUCGCGGUUCACACUUAACGAAGGCUCCCAAGACUGGAUUAUGGAUGAAGCCGCCAUCAAGGAAUUGGCCGACCAUGGUGUGUUGUCCCUGUUCAUUGAGUUCAACCUCAGAACGCCCGAAUCCAAAUUCACCAUCAGCUUGGCGACAUUUGAUUUUACCCGUCCAAUAAGUGCAUGUCCCAUCUCCAUCAGUGAUAUUACGACGCAUAUCUAG